AUGGAUCAAGUGAACACAACCCCGGAACCAGAAGGAGCAUCUAAUCCUACACAAGAAAGUACAUGUCCAACUCAGGAGGUAUCUUCUAAUCCGAAUCCGACACCUAAACCUGAUAUUGGGCAACAAGAAGAAAUUGAUACAAUUUUAGAACCCGCAUCAAAGAAACUUAGAAGUAAUGUGUGGCAAGAAUUUAAAAAGAUGAAAGUGAAUGGAAAAGAUAAGGCUGAAUGCAUCUGGUGUAAAAAACAACUUAGUGGCACUUCAAAGAAUGGAACAAAUCACUUGAAAGGACAUCUCUUGAGUUGUAUUCAAAAAAAGAUCAAGACUAGAAACCAUGACAAAGGACAACCAUUUCUCCUACCGACUAUCUCAGAAGGAAAGCAAGAGUUGGGAAUUGGAACUUAUGAUCCAGAACAUAGUCAAAUCUUGAGGUUCAUUUAUGUUCCAGCCCCUCACACUAGUGAAAGACUUGCUGAAGCACUUAUUAAACUUAGAGAUGCACAACCUACUGCUCCAUCCAUUGGUACAACUGCUAUUAUUGAUGACGAGGCUGAAUUUGAUGCAUACGUUGAGACAAUUUCCAUUGCCGAAGACUCAAGUUCAAGUGUUAAGAGUUGGCUAUGGGCUGCUGAGAAUAACGGAAUUUUUAGAGUUGCAGAAGAAAUUGCUACUGUGUUGAAUGAAAUGGAGUCAGACGAUGAAGUUGAGUUGAUGGAAGGUUGUUUGGGUUACCAUUUUGAAGAUUAG